AUGGACGCACUGAAGAGCAUGCUUGGAAAAAUCUAUAGCAGCGCAGCGAAUAUCCUCAGGACGAUGCUUGAGCUCCUCGAGGGAGCAUCCAAAUCCGACGACCACCAAGUUUCUCGUUCACAGGUGAUGCAAGCCGCGAAACUGAUGUUAGCCUACUGCCUCGAACCAGGGCCUGAACGCAACGAAUCCCUGGAACAUCUUGCAUCGCGGUGUUACGACCAGUUCCACGCUGUGAAUGACUGGCAGUCCCUAGAGGACGCCUUAAAAUACCUGGGGGAGGCACUCGAGGCGAUUGAGGAUGAUGUCGACUACGCCCGCUUGGCGGUGAUCUACUCGAAAUGCCUCCAAGCUCGGUAUAUGCGUGGCAGGAAUAAGACGGACCUCGAGAAUGCCAUUGACUGGGCCGAAAAGUCGACAGAUUUGACUCGAAAGUUGCUGAAAGAGGGCGCCACGAUCGAGGCCUUAGUUCGGGCGCUUGGAAACCUUUGGCACUGCCUGUUCACAAAGGUCCACCAGCUGGACGAGGCUACGGAUGAGGAUUUCGAAAAGAUGAUGGCUGCUGCGCAGGAGGCUGCCGAUGUCGCGGCCGACAGUAGUCUCACAGGUGAAAUCUUAAUCGCAACCAAGAGCGAUCUAGGGAUGGGCUAUCAGCUUCGAUGGGAACAAGGGGAUGACAAAAGAGAGUACAGUGACCUUGAUCGGUCCUUACAACUCGGCUGGGAAGUAGUCGACAUGACGAGAAGUCUAAGUUCAGAAUCAAACACCUCCGACGCACUGGUGACGGUAUUGAGCAACCUCUCGUUCCGCUUACAGACGGCCUACCUCUGCUAUGUCAGCGAUGGCUCCCUCCCGCAGAAGGUGGACGUACCUAGCGGACAACACCUCCUUGACCAGGCAGUUGAUCUCCUCGCUGAAUCAACCAUCAUCCCAGGGGCAACGCUGCUUUCGGCUCCCACCAACACCCUAGCUUUUGUUUUGGAUAUCAAGAACUUCCUUCAUGAAUUCAGGGACAGUAUUCUCGGAAGGUCCAGUAUAUGUCUUGACCGAAGCGUUUACAACCUCGAACAGCUUUGCAUGGUGGCCUCCGAAGAGGAUCGAAAGAAUAACCUGAGCUCCUUUUACGGAAUCAGCAGGUAUGCAGCAGCGGCACACUUGCAUCUGCAUAGAAGUCCCUUCGCAGCCCUUCAGAUUCUCGAGAAGGGCCGGGGAAUCGCCAAUGCAAUUCUUCAGGAAGAGAGCGUGGACAAGCGAGCUCUCGCGGAUGUGACUCCUGACCUUGCAAGACGCUAUAUUGAUGCACUGCAAGCGCUGAAGAACAAUCGCUUCAAAAAUGCCCCGUACCAUGAAAGAAGAGAGCCGUAUGGAAUUAUUUCGGAGGCACGUAAGGAGCUGUUUGCUAUGCCCGGUGCCUUCCGUCCUCCGAGGGACCUGAGUUUUGAGGAGAUGAUAUCUCUAGCUGAGAAGGAGGAUAUUGUCGUGGUUAACAUCACAGAUCUGCGGAGUGAUGCCAUCAUCAUACGCCGACGUUCAAUUCACAAUGUUCACCUUCCGAACCUGGAUGAGGAUGCCCUUUCGGAGAAGAGCUGGGAGAUUCAAGCUCGAUUGGCAAAGGAAUCGGGCCAAGAAGACGUCUUUCCCGAACUGCACAGGCUGCUGACAGAAUUUCUUCGCGAUUUGUGGAAGAACCUUGUGCAACCGGUGAUGGAUUUCUUGGGCUACACAUCUUCACCGGCAUCACGACAAGAGUAG